AAGUGAGAUGCAGCAAAGAGGUUCGUUUCUUUUCUCGUUGAAACCUCGAAUGAUCAACAUCAAUAUUAGGCGUCUCCUUCUUCAUCUGUUUUUUUUAAAGGUCUAUUCAAAUGUAGUCGUCAUUUUGUUUCGUUUGUGACACUGGACACAAGUUCAACGAAUGAUGUUUGGACUUUUUAACGUAACGCUGAUUGGGGCGUUGAUGCUCGUCACUAACAUACAAGUCUCCGAUUCUUUUGACUGGCAAAGAGAAUUUGAUUUCCAAGAUGGCGUCAAUAUUUACUUAAAUGGAAACAAACAAUCAACAGGGAAUCAAAAAGAGCAGCGACAGAAGCGAACUAGUACCGUUACGACAACUGUUGAUGCAAAGUUUACCGUGCAGCUGAUUGUGAGUGUUGAUCCAGUUACAGGACAAGCGAGUCUACAACAGAUUAACGGUGGACGAUACACAGCGCCACAUCCGAACGCGAGACAUUGUCAAGGCAGGCAAUGUAACUAUUCCUUGUCAUUUCAAACAGUAGACUCACCUGCAAUCAGCAAAAGUCAAUCGAAAACGACAGCCGAUGAAAAGGUAAACACUCAAAAUGAUAAACGUGUAACGGCUGCACCCCGCUAUUUGAAUAAGCCAGUGAUAAAUAGCACGUCGGCGAGUAGGAUAACAGUUCGCUACCCGUUACCUACAUCACCAUCGAGAAAGCAGAUAGUUAACAGAACCCGAACAGUAAAUGGCGAAUGGGCCCGUAGAACGUCAGCUCGCAAGCCAAGUGUCCAAACUACUACAGCCCGUAAUCCGACUAAUGCUAAAGAAGAUCUCCUUUUACUGAAAUCAAGUGAUAAUGGUGACUACAAUCAAUCACGAGCCGAAGAACCAGACAAUCUAUUCCAUCAGAAGCAAAACGAAACUGAUUCGAACGGCAACCGUAAGAGUCAACCAACGAGCCAUGAUUCCGUUGCUAAUUAUUCGGAUAAAAACGGCGAUGUGGUACAGUCAUCUCCAUUUAAUGAAUCGAUUUUUAGGGAUUCUGAGAAACCCAUCACGAUAUACUCAGACGAUAUCCUGAGUCAAACGACCAGCCCUGAAUCCAUUACUACGCAACCCGAAGCAGAAGAAGACAACUUAAACCCGGAUCGAAAUUACGCUGGUUCCAAUCUGGUUCCGCAAGCCUUGGAACGCAGAGCUAAUUUUGAAGUCCAAAUCAAUCCGAGAACUAAGCAAAUAGUCAACAUUCGUGUGCCUACAAUGAAGCCAAAUAGCAAACCAGUCGGGCCGUCUCACGAGUACAAAGACUCGAGAAAAAUGGAGACAACACCAACCGACUCUUCUAGAAAACACGAAGAGUUUCAUUGGCAACAUAGAGACGGUUAUCAAGUCCAAAUAAACCCUAAAACAGAUCAAGUAGGUAAAUCAGCUGUCAGGCCUCACGUAGAGUAUGAACAUUCUAGUGCUGAGAAACCAGUGACACCUGCAUCGGGAGCUUUGCCACAAACCUACACCAAACACGAAGAGCUUCCUUGGUUACAGAGAGAUCAUCACCAAGUCCAAAUAGACCCCAAAACGGGACCAGUGGUCGAUAUCCGCACGCAAACUCCUACAACGACAAGCCCCACAUCUUAUUAUGAAAGUCCUAGCGCCCAAACACAAGAGCGACCUGCUGUUCGGACGCAAAUGGUAACUAGAGAAGCACCUUUACCACUACCGUUUUAUUACAGAAAGCAAAUGAUCAGCCGUGAUCCUGACCAAGUCACGAAAGAAAGUGAAACGGUCCAAACGACGACAAACUCUUACUCGACACCCCAGCCUCUUAGAGAGCCCAACGAGUUGCCAUGGCAACAGAGAGAUGGCUUUGAAGUUCAAAUGAAUCCCAUCACAAAAGAAGUUGUUAAUGUCCGAAUUGUGCAACAUUCACGCUACGUUCCCGAUAACAUUCACGUUGAACAAGCAACGGUUCAGGACAGCGUCACGCAACCAACUACUGGACCUACAUUGGUUUUUGAAACUCGUCGAGAUCCAGGUGUGUUCCUACAGCAACACGAAGGCGAUGACAUAAUUCAAACGAAUGAGACACAAUCAAACACCACUCCAAUCACGUUGAAAACAACGAACAGCCAAAAAGGGGAUGGUGAGAAAGACGAAUCAUUUCCUACACCCGAUUUGAAUUCUAAAGUGAAUUUACCGACACGAGAAGUGCCCGAUUUCAGUGUUCCAGUAAAUGGCAGCCACAUGACGACUACUGUUGUUCCAAUAGCUGAACUUUCCGAAGAAGAUUUUCCUUGGGAACAGAGAGAUGAUUACGAAGUUCAAGUUGAUCCGAAAACAAAACAAAUUGUAAACAUUCGUCUGCAAACGACCACAACAGCACACACUCCGAUUUCUAAAUCGAUACACUUUGACGAUGCUAACGAUCCUGAUGGAGAUCGUGUUCGAUCUCAAACUAGAGAUCGUACGCGAACGUUUGAAAUCAGUGAAUUUGUUACACUCGACGAUGAACAUGAUGACGUCUCUGUGGAACUUUCCGGAAAUGUUCGCAAUUCGAAUAGCAAAAUCCAAACGUUGGUCCUUCCUCGACGAAAGGACGUCGGAGGACAUGCCGCCCGGAUAGACGAUGAACUGCUGGAUGAUGGUCAGAGAUCACGCAUCGCUGUUUUGGCCGUCCCGAAUCCGAACGAGGAUGCCAUCCGGAAGGCGGUGAGCCGCUCACGAACGAAAAUGCGUAGGCCUAUUUUUAGCCAUUCUGACGCCGACGGCGUUCUUUAUUUCCGCUAUGCCGACGAUCUGUGGGAACAGCUGGAAGUAGAACAGUUUCAUCGUGACGCAAAAUUGGUUUUAAUCGACGACAACAGCUGGAUUGCUUCUAGACGUGGGCGUGGAAGGGAUUCUCCUUAUUUCUAUUACAGUCACAGUUCAAGCGUAUUGUUUAGUUUGUCGUGUUAUCCAGCGUUGCUAGUAGCAUGUCUUGUCUUUUUAAUUUCAUAGUUUUCAAUUAUGAAUAUUCCUUGUUACGCGUCUCAAUCUAUACGCCAUUGUAUUAAAGACAUGUUCUUAAAAAUUAAUAUAUUCUCGUUGGAACGAUUUGAUUUCAAAGCAGACGUAACUCUAAUGUAUGAACGUUUUAUGAAAUGAUUGAUAUAUUUAUGUAUUAUGCAUGAAAAUAUACUGCUGGAACUAUGA